GAUAUAAAGAAAGAAAAAAAUAUUAUUACUCGUUCAUCUCUCAUCGAACAUACAUCCCCUUCUUCAUUUUGCUACUUCGUCUGAGUUCUUGUGCAUUCUGCAAUCCGAAUAUUAGGGUUUUUUUUUUUUUCUGGAGUUAGUAAAAAGGUUGUGACUUGAUUCUUGGGUAAUGGUUUGAGAUUUGAGCAAGACAAGAAAGAAGAAGAAGUUUUUGUGUGUUUUGAAGUUUGCGGCGGAGAUGAGCGCAUCGAGGUUCAUAAAGUGUGUUACAGUCGGCGAUGGUGCCGUCGGAAAAACCUGUAUGCUGAUCUCUUACACCAGCAACACUUUCCCUACGGACUAUGUUCCAACUGUUUUCGACAACUUCAGUGCUAACGUGGUUGUAGAUGGGAACACUGUGAAUCUUGGAUUGUGGGAUACAGCCGGUCAAGAAGACUAUAACAGGUUAAGACCCUUGAGUUACCGUGGUGCAGAUGUCUUUAUUCUCGCUUUCUCGCUUAUUAGCAAAGCUAGCUACGAGAAUAUAGCCAAGAAGUGGAUUCCUGAGCUCAGGCACUAUGCCCCUGGAGUUCCUAUCAUUCUCGUGGGAACUAAACUCGAUCUUCGAGAUGACAAGCAGUUCUUCAUAGACCAUCCCGGUGCAGUGCCAAUCACUACAAACCAGGGAGAGGAACUAAAGAAACUCAUAGGAUCUCCAGUUUACAUUGAAUGUAGUUCAAAGACGCAGCAGAAUGUGAAAGCAGUCUUUGACGCAGCUAUUAAAGUGGUGCUUCAGCCACCAAAAUCAAAGAAGAAGAAAAAGAACAAGAAUCGUUGCGUUUUCUUGUGAUCAUCAUCUUUUAAAAAAACAAGCAAGAAGAAGAUUUGUAGGUAACAAACCAAGCUGAAGAGAAGAAGAGAUCCAUCAUCAAAUGCAGCAACGCUGUAUAGUUGUUGUAAUCUAAUGAGUGAAGUGAGGGCCAAAGAGGUUUAUUAGUAAACAGUGUGAGAAGUUCUUGAUGUGUUGUUGUACUUUUAACUAUGUAGACUAAUCAUUUCUUAAUGCAUUUUUGUUUUUUGCUA